AUGUUUGCUCUUCAGCUCCUCUCCCUGACAAACUUUGUGGCUCUCUGCAUGACUACUGAUCACCAACCGGAAGGUCUAGCUGUUCUUGGGGCUUUGUUUGAGAUCAAUGAUGACGAUAACGAAGCCUUCCAGCCCAUUAUAAACAAACUGUGUGCCAUUUCAUACCCACAUGACACAGCUGUAGUUGAUCCCCUGAGAGUCGAGGACCUGCUCCCGGAGGAGGCUAACCAGUGGUACAGAUACCCCGGCAGCCUCACCACCCCGCCGUGUUUCGAGAGUGUCAUCUGGACAGUCUUCAAGAAUUUUGUUAAGAUUUCAGAGAAUCAGCCGGUGAGGAAAGCCAAGGUAGAUCACCUAGGUUCUGGCUUGAUCACGGCCUAG